AUGGCACCCCGCGAGAUAUACAAUGUUGUGAAGCUUGUGCCCAAGCCAGGCAAAUCCAAUCAAGUCGUGGAAGCCUUCAAGGCAUUAUCGCAACACAUCGAAAACAACGAACCAGACACUCAGAUAUAUUUUGCUCUGCAGUCAAGCGGGAGUGAUGAGCUGAUCUUCGUUGAAAAAUACAAGGAUGGCGAUAGCCUCAAGGCGCAUGGAGCAUCGUCCGAGUUCAAGCAGUUCGCCAAGGCAAUCGGGCCUUUUCUGGCCCAGCCUCCUGAGAUUAAGGGGGCUUCGUUUGUUGCUGGGUUUGAGGGUAGAUCGAAGCUUUAG